AUGUUACGCCGGCCGCAGUUGCCAAUUACGAGCUCAAUUGCGGCUCGCACUUUGCACACAACAAGUCGCCCCUGUCUCUCUAUCUCCACUCUCGCUUCUGUCAUCACCAAAUGGAUCUGUGUAUUUGGUCGACCUGGCAUUUUCCCUGUGCAGCCGCCCAACUUUUCGAGUACAUCCCUGCGAUGCAUCGCCCGACGGAAAUGCAGCCAGGAGCAGCCCCCGUCAGCAACCCUCGAGUUACUUCCGCCUUUCUCCGUUGUCCCGCGCCGACCAGGGGGUGGGGUCAAUGCCAGCGAAUACGUUACAGUCGAUCUCAGCACUUCGAAGAGGCGAGUCUCUGGCGCUGGCUGGGCACAGCUGGACGAGCCAGACCAGGCAAGGACAAGCCCCGAAUGA